GACAACACACCUACACAAGCGCACUAUCUAGGGUAUACAUACCGGCUUUUCUGAAGGCUACAUAGUACACUAAUCUGUUGAAUUGGGCGCUAUUUGGGAUCGAGCCUGAGAAUCCGCUUCCAACAACAGAGCGUUGAGAAACUUCAUGAUGUUUAAGAAUAACCGUAAUGGGGAGACAGGAAUGGAUAAAUAAUAUCAUAUAUUUCCAGGCGCGGUGUCGCGGAUAUUUGAUGCGGAGAGAGCUGCAGCGUGUCCAGGCUGAAUAUGAGGACAUCGUGAGGGAGCUGGAGGGAGGUGUGGAGCACCUGAGCUGGAGAGGACACUUCAUCCCCAAACCUCACUUCAGUGAUGCUGAUAUGGACAGCACCUUUUUCAGUUAUCCUCAACCAAAGAUCCAGAUCCAGGAAUGUUCUCAGGGUGUGGAGGAAGUGAACGUGCAGGAUGAACGACCUGAGGUCCUGGUGAGGGAUGAAGAACCGAGUUGCAGCCCAGAGAGAGACUGCAGAGAGACCAGCUCACCACCAGGGGGCGAUACAGAGCGAGAGGGAAUGCAGCGGGACAGUGUGGCUGAAAAGACUGCUCUGGAUCUGCACUUGAGCAGCAGCGUACUGCAGCAUGCUUCUCCGAUGCAUACUCGACUGCAAGAUAUCGCACACACACCUGAAGCUCUGAAGCAGCAUAGAAACACUCUGGCCAUGGAGCUGCUGUGGAUCCAACAGGCCAUCGCCAGCAGGAAGAAAGACGUGAAAGGUGAACCUAUGGAUGAUCAUUUGCAGCUAAUGAAAGAGGAGUGUAUAAAAGUGAUUCAAAACUUUGCCAGACGAGUACAGUAUCUGACCCUGAAGCAGAAGAUGGAUAUGCCAUAGCAACAAAGGACCUGGAAAUGCUGAAAAAGUGGACACUUGAGUCUUCAGUGGCUUCACAAGUGAAGAUUUAAUUGGACAUGAACGCGACCUUGUUCUUGACCUUGUUCAGUAUAUUCUCCUGUCACCUGAAGAAAACAGGAUGUAAAGGCGACUUGAUAUCAAAACGUGACGCUUUGUCUGUUGAUUUCAUUUUUUUUUACCUUCUAUGAAGAUAAUCUUUCAUAAUAAUAAUAAAUGCUAUUUAUUUUGAACACA